CGUGCGCGAGGGAGUCAAACGGGAGUUUUGUCUGGUUUGGGGGGAAGCAGUGCUCUUAACAUAUUUAUUUUAAUCUUUAAAACUAUCCCAUAUAAUAUACGUACCUUUUCGAAGGUUGAAAAAAGGUUAUUAAAUGCUUAAGUUGGAGUUAUAAUGAUAUUCUAGUGAUUUUUAGCGACAGUAUUAGAAUCUCGCCAUUUAAAACCGCCUGUAAUAAUUCUUUCAUGGCUUCUCCCGAGCAACUGGCUAUAGAGACAUCAAUACCUAGCUUGCUAGCUAGCUACAGGACUUAGCUAGCUAGCUAGCUGGCUAUCUAGUUUUUUUGUUCCGAUAGGGGAAUAGUUAUUAUUUUCAUAUUUUUCGUGGAAAAGCUAGUUAGCUUUACAAUCACAAGGAGCCCGCCAAGCUAAUUUUUCAGGCUAGCUCCCUAGACUCUCAGCCAAAACUCGGGGCGAUAGCUAGCCACAAGCCAGCUAGCUAGCUAGCAAGCAACACAAUUUAGCUAGCUGGCCAAUGCUUUCUGGCUAAAAGAGGCUAGGUAGGUCUUCGUGUCCUUUGUUUUGAAAAAAGGACUUGUUAAAUUACUUUUAUUGCUAAUAUCUGUGCAAUCCGGCGUGGUUAUUGAUGGCUCCCCAGAAACACGGUUCGGGGAGCGGUGGCUCGGGUUCGGGUCCUGGUAUGGGCUGUGGUACCGGUGGUAAAGCCAAUGGUGGCGUGUACCCGUCCUCGGCUGUUGUGAUGGCCGCAGUGAAGAAGCCGAAGAUGGAGCUGAUUCAAGCCGAUCAUGAGCUGUUCCUCCAGGCCUUCGAAAAACCAACCCAAAUCUACAGAUUCCUCCGUACCAGAAACCUGAUUGCGCCUAUUUUCUUGCACAGAACACUCACAUAUAUGUCCCACAGAAACUCACGAACAAAUGCCAAAAGGAAGUCCUUUAAAGUGGAUGAUAUGCUGUUCAAAGUGGAGAAGAUGCGGGGAGAGCAGGAGUCACACAGCUUGGCUUCACAUCUACAACUUACUUUUACUGGAUUCUUCCAUAAAAUUGAAAAGCCAUCGCAAAACUCAGAGAAUGAACAAAACUCAGUGUCUUUAGAGGUGCUACUCGUCAAAGUCUGCCACAAAAAGCGGAAGGAUGUCAGUUGCCCGGUCAAGCAAGUGCCUACAGGUAAAAAGCAGGUGCCUUUGAACCCUGACAGCAGCCAAACCAAGCCGGGCACCUUCCCCUCGCUGGUCGUGUCCAGCAACGAGUUCGAGCCCAGCAACAGCCACAUGGUCAAGUCCUACUCGCUCCUGUUCCGGGUGUCCAGGCCAGGGAGGAGGGAGCUGAACGGGCUCACCAACGGCGAAACCAACGAGAACAUCGAUGUGACGGAAGAGCCUCCGAACAGGAAAAAGAGGAACUCCUCCCACAGAGACGACGGAGAGACCACCUUUGUUGCCCAGAUGACCGUCUUCGACAAGAACAGGCGUCUGCAGCUGCUGGACGGGGAGUACGAGGUGUCCAUGCAGGAGAUGGAGGAGUGUCCGGUCAGCAAGAAGAGAGCCACGUGGGAGACCAUUCUGGAUGGAAAGUGGCUGCCGCCGUUCGAGACGUUCUCUCAGGGACCCACGCUCCAGUUCACCCUUCGCUGGACGGGCGACGCCAACGACAAGUCCACCGCCCCCGUGGCCAAGCCCCUGGCCACGCGCAACUCGGACGCCAGCGCGGUGGAGAGCCGGCCCAGCGCGGUCAAGCCCCCUCAGGCCAUAGCUGUGAAGGACUCGGUGAGCACAGACAUACAGACGAAGCGAGAGCAGGUGCACGUGGAGCCCCGGCAGAAGCUGCGCAUAUUUUACCAGUUCCUUUACAACAACAACACGAGGCAGCAGACGGAGGCGCGCGACGACCUGCACUGCCCCUGGUGCACGCUCAACUGCCGCAAGCUCUACAGCCUUCUGAAGCACCUCAAGCUGUCCCACAGCCGCUUCAUCUUCAGCUACGUGCCUCACCCGAAAGGAGCGCGGAUCGAUGUGUCGAUUAACGAGUGCUACGACGGCUCGUACGUGGGGAACCCGCAGGACAUCCACAGCCAGCCGGGCUUCGCCUUCAGCCGCAACGGCCCCGUCAAGCGGACCCCCGUCACCCACGUCCUGGUGUGCAGGCCCAAGCGCACGAAGCCCAGCCUGUCGGAGUUCCUGGAGUCGGAGGACGGGGAGCUGGAGCAGCAGCGCACCUACAUCAGCGGCCACAACCGGCUCUACUUCCACAGCGACAGCUGCAUGCCCCUGCGGCCCCAGGAGAUGGACGUGGACAGCGAGGACGAGAGGGACCCCGAGUGGCUGAGGGAGAAGACCAUCACGCAAAUAGAGGAGUUCAUGGACGUGAACGAGGGCGAGAAGGAGGUCAUGAAGCUCUGGAAUCUGCACGUGAUGAAGUACGGAUUCAUCGCGGACAAUCAGAUGAAUCAGGCCUGCAUGCUGUUCGUGGAGAAGUGCGGCCCCUACAUCGUGGAGAAGAACCUGUGCCGCAACUUCCUGCUGCACCUGGUCAGCAUGCACGACUUCAACCUGGUGAGCAUCGUGACCAUCGACAAGGCCAUGGCGCGCAUGCGCGAGCUGCAGAGGAGCGCCGCCGGCGGCGAGCGGGAGGAGGAGGCCGAGGAGGAGGACGAGGACGAGGAGGAGGAGGCGCCCGAGCCCGGGGAGAACGGCGGCGACGCCCCUGGCCCCGACGCCGGCGGCCACGACGAGCACGACCAGCCCUCCCCGGGCCUUCCCAAGCCGCCGAGCAAGCGGCAGAAACUCUGAAACGCGGCUCCGCCCCCCCGUCCCCCGCCCCCCUGGUGACUCAAAGCAGAGCCGGGAUCGGUCGCGAGCCGAGUCGAGACGAACUGCAUUCCAAACAGGCACCGCACGUCGGCCGCACAGAGCCGGCGUCGGGCCGCCCUGGCCGGAUGGGCGAGCGACGGUCCGUUUUCGCGAUCUCAAACACGAACCUGUCCGGGACCCCCCUUUUUCUCCCCCCCGCCAUCCGCCCCGAUAACCCCUCCAUCACCGCCACAGUCCUUUUCCCUUCUUCUCCCGUGUCCACAUGGUUAACUAAAGCGGUGCAGCUAGUCUCGGUAUACUACUGCAGCAAUGAGCUUGAGAAACAACAAGGAUUCCAGUCACAGCGAGUAUCCCUCCUCCUGGCCAGCUUCCCUUUCCCGCACAGCAAUCAUGACCUGUUUUAGCACUUGUCUUGUUUUAGGUGCCUGUUUGGAAAGAUGUGACGUUUUUAGUAACACUUUGAGUUGAAACGGAUUCAAAGAGUUGACUCUUACAGGCUUUUAUUUUUUGUUUUUUUUUCCAUCAAAUGGGUUGUCUGAUGCAUUCUGAAAACUUGAACAUGAACUUCUUAAUUUUUUUUUUUUUAUAUACUUUCAUUUGUCUAGUUUGUUGCAGUACAAGGUGGCCCUUUAGGGGUGCGCCCCGGGGGCUCCCCUGUGCCUGGACUCUAAAGCAUCAGAGAGCGAACACACACACACUCACACUCUCACACAAGCACACAGGGCCCCUCGGCUGUGUCCCUCUUUAUGCAAGGGUGCGCCUGUCCUCCGCUCACAGGGUAUUCCACUGCAGACGGCGACACGGAUGAAGAAACCAAACCUCCCGGCAGGGUCCCACCACCCCCCCCUUCGAGGGACCCACUCAUGCUUGAUGUUUACACAUUGUUUCCAUGGAAACAUGGACUUCUUUGCUUCUUUUUUUUUAUUGCCUGUGCCGAGUCGGUGGUGUAGGGUUGGACCCACCAAGCAACAAGCUCCAACACCCCCCCCCCCCCCCCCC